UCACAAAUAAAUGAAAUUUAUAUAUUCAUAUAAUAAAAAAUCUAAUAAUGACGGAGAUUCACCGGUAGUUAUUCCCACAAACGAUUUCGACGACGAUUGGCCUUCCUCUCAAUGCUCUGCUCUCUACAGCUAUCUCUCUUCAAGUCUGUUUAAGCUUAAAGCUAGUUCAUUUUUACAAUGGAAAAGGAGGACUGUGAACAAUUAUUGUAUUCUAAUUGUAAAGAGAUCAUAUGGGUACUCCGAAUUACUAAUUUGGAAGAUUCCUCCACGAAAUUCCAUCAGAGUUUUGCCAUAGAUAGUAGUGGGACACUUAUGACAGGUGCCUCUACACUUAGAUUGACGAGCUCACAUGAGAUUCAUGCACGCAGAUUGAAUAGUAACAAUUUUGAUCUCAAGGCUAUUGUGAUACAUUGGAAUCGUGAAUGUAAUAUUUUUGUCUUGAAGGUUGAAGGCGCAAGUGAUUGUAAGUUUGGGAAAUUUUGUGAUGAUGGUAUAUUAGAUGCAAAUAAAGAGGUGGUUAACAUUGGAACGCAGUCUAGAAGUGUUAUUGGGUCAUUUUGGAAAGGUAAGGUCUCAUUUCCAUGUCGGGAUGUGCGUAUUCCAACCGACAGGAAAACCUGUGCUGAUUAUGUAUGUGAUAUGAAUAUCACACCUGAAUAUCGAGUUAUGGGAGAUCUUUUUAGUGGUAUGACAAAAAAUCAACCACAUUUUCACCCUUCAGUCCCCUUGAUACAAAUUGAAGGUAUUUAUCCUUCUGUAGAAUCUCGAGGUGGUCCCAUAUUUGAUAUAAGAGGAAAAAUUAUAGGAAUGAGUUUUGCUGACUAUGGACCAUAUCUUAUUGGCAUACAUGUCAGCGUUUUGAAACAAGUGCAACAGGAUCUCAGAGCGAUUGUGGAUGAUGGGAGUGGACCGAGUAUGAGAGGAGCAAGAGAUUGAAGUGGGAUGGCUGUAUGGCAAAAGAGAGUGAAUGGCGAGUCCUGUCGUAGAGGACAAGAUAAUUCUGAAGCCUGUCAUGGAUUUUAGCUCUUUUUUUGUUUGGUUUGAAGUGAAAUACGGAACAGUAAUUGUGUUGCAUAUUGUUUUAGUCAGUAGCUCAUCUUAUGGACAAGUAUGUAUUGCACAUUGUUUGUGUCAGUAGCUCAUCUUAUGGAUAA